AUGACAUGACUGAAACAGAUUUUGACAGUUCCUGAGGGAAAGCGCUGUACAUACCAGGGUUUCAGUUCAGACACUUGACGGCGCUACAGGCUAAAAAGUAGGAGGGGCCCUGCAUUUGCUGCAGACUGACUCCAUUUUAGAAAAGACAAAAUCUGAAAGGUACUGGGGAUGCACACGGCUUGGAAAACGGCGGCACCGAAUUCAGAUGUUAGACCUUUUUUCAAACGAGUGGGGUCUAGACAUAAACUGAUGUUAUCCCUCUUGGAAGACUUCGGAAGGCUUCUUUUAUUAAAGACAACGCAAGGAGGCUAUGUCGGAAACCGAGAGAAAAUCUGGCAGAAAAAGGCAACUGGUGAGUUUUCCUUUUCCUUCCGGGCGUAGUGCAGGCAGCCCAGGAAAAGGAAACCUGCUUCUUAUAGCCAGUUUCUGGAGAUUUGGCGCUGGCAGUGGUAAGGGGUGUGUGUCCUUAGCAGCGGGAGGACAAAUCCGAGUAAGGUUGUUUCCAAAGAGACCAAAGAUUCGUGAGCAAAGGUUCUUAUUAAGAGAUCAGGGAAUAUUUUAGAUCCACUCACAGAAGAGCCUUUGCUCCCAAAUAGGAAGUCGGAGCUAUAGAAAUUAUGCAUUUCCAAGUGUUACCCAUAAAUUUCUUUUUUGUUUUCUGAGAAAAAUCUAUGAAUCUGAGAUGUUCCCCCUUUGAAAAAUUCUUCUAAAUGUUCUGGAAUGUGCACGGGAACAUGCAUGAGAUUUGGGUGUUUUCCAUCACUGGAAACCAUACUGGGAGUUCAAUUUCCAUUUUCACAGUAAUGUUUGAUGCAAUAGUGGGGUAAGUAAUUUGUUCAUUUGUGAGGGGGAAAAAAUCACUGGAUGAAGAACAACCCAAGGUAAGUUUAAUUUCACAGAAAGGAAUGGUAGGUAUCAACGUAGUUUGGAACCUCUUAAGGUCCAAAUUGUGACAAUCAGUGACAACCUUUGAGAUGCGUUCUUUUCAGCAACCUCACUGUCAAAGUCUGCUAAAGAUUUAGUCUCAGAAAAUUAAGGAAAGGCUCACCAAAUUCUCCAGGCUCAUUGAAUUCUCUAGCCUCUGGAGAGUACCCACCAAACAUUUUAAGUAUCACACAUAUCUUUGCAUUAUAAACAUCCACUGCAAGAAAAUUACCAGGCAAUUUCAUGGCUAUGUGGCAAGGCAAUUUACAGCAGAAACAGUUUCAGAAAUAUUUUUCUUUACGUGGAAGAUGUUGGCUGUGACAAUACCAUUGGAUGACAAUUCCAUAAAGCUGGUCAUGCUGACACUUAUCUGCUCAUCCUACAGUACUUCCAGAAACAGACUUCACCUCUUUAAGGAUUAUCUCAGCACUGUGGAGUAAAAAGAAAAUGCCUUGGCCCUUCCUUCCAGAAUUUUCUUUCCACUGAAUGUAAAAAGAAAAUUCCGUAUUCCGCCAACCUAAUGCAGGACAGAGAGAUGAGAAAUACAUCUCCAUCACAUCACUUUUAUCUCCAGUGAAAUUAGGUUCUUUGAAGCUGACAACAAGGCAGUAUGUGGAGACAGCUAUCACCCUUGGCAUUCAUGCUUUUGAGCUCUGGGUAAAAAGUAGAGGAAAACAUCCCCUUUCUGAAUAUUAUGGUUGUUGUUUUAUUGCUCUAAACAAUGGUGUACUGAUGCCUUAGGUAUGUUGAUCUUACUUACAAGAAAACUGGUCUGGACAUUUCAAAAAAUUCAGUAUCAGUAAAAUACAGGGGAUUAUUUUAGAACAAAGAGAGGUAACACCCAACAGAAUCAUGAAACUUGGUUAAAAAACAAAUUUUCUAAGACACUGCUUAUAACAAUUGGUUAAGAAAAUAAGUGCAUUUGUAAAAGGAACUCAAGAGUAAAUAUGGAUUCUUGUUUAAAUUGAAGAAAAUCAGGGAAGAUAAUGGAAGUGUAAUUAAUAAAAUUUCAUAGGGACUGGAUUUUAGAUAAUAUUAUGGAAUUACUGUUACUUCAGUACAUUGGGAGACCCUAUUUGAAAAUAUUCCGUUUAGACUGCCAUCAGUCUGAAAUAAAGGAGUGGGAUUUCCUUAAUGUUUUGGAGAAAAUAAACACCCAGAAAGGACGCGGGGUGGCGCUGCAUCAUUAGAAGUAGAAGGAAGAAAGCUACCAGCCUGCGCUCCUUCAGCCAGAUGCUUGCUUAAAGGAGCAAGCAGGAAGGGGGCUUUCUAAGGCGGUCGCUCGGGGAAAUCAAGGCCCUAGGCAUCUCCACUUAUCCCAGUAACUGCGUGAUACUGGGAGGUAGAUCAACGACAACGUGAGCCCGAGCUGAGUCAGGUUUCCUGGAGACCAGAAAGCGAUGGAGGUCGGAGAGAGAAAGGAACGCUUUCUGAAACAAAGGCAAGUCUUGAUAUUCUUUGUUUUCCUGGGCAUAACUCAGGCUGGUUCUGAGCCUAGGCACUAUUCAGUGGCUGAGGAAACGGAGAGUGGCUCCUUUGUGGCCAAUCUGUUGAAAGACCUGGGACUGGAGAUAGACGAUCUAGCUGCGCGGGCGCCCCGGGUCAUUUCCAAAGGGAAAAAAAUGCGUUUGCAUUUUGAUAGGCAGACAGGGGAUUUGUUGUUAAACGAAAAACUGGACCGAGAGGAGCUCUGCGGCCCUAUCGAGCCCUGUGUACUGCCUUUCCAAAUGUUACUGGAAAAUCCCUUACAGUUUUUCCAGGCUGAGCUACGGAUUAGAGACAUAAAUGAUCAUUCCCCAGUUUUCCUAGACAAAGAAAUAGUUUUGAAAAUUUCAGAAAGUAUUACUCCCGAAACUACUUUUCUAAUAGAACGUGCCCAGGACUUAGACGUAGGAAGCAACAGUCUCCAAAGUUAUACAGUCAGCCCUAAUUCCCACUUCCAUCUUAAAUUACAAGAGAGUCCCAGCGGCACAGUAUUACCACAGCUGGUGCUGAACAAAGCACUGGAUAGAGAGGAACAGCCUGAGAUAAGAUUAAUCCUCACAGCACUGGAUGGGGGGACUCCACCCCGGUCUGGGACCACCCUUGUCCGCAUUGAAGUCUUGGACAUCAAUGAUAAUGCCCCCGAGUUUGCAAAGCUGCUCUAUGAGGUGCAAGUCCUAGAAAAUAGCCCCAUUGGUUCCCAGGUCGCCAUCGUCACUGCCAGAGAUUUAGAUACUGGAGCCUAUGGAGAAAUAUCUUAUGUAUUUUCCCAAGCAUCUGAAGAUAUUCGCAAAACAUUUCGAAUAAAUGAAAAAUCGGGAGAACUCCUUUUAACACAGGAAUUAGAUUUUGAAUCUAUUCAGAAUUAUACAUUAAAUAUCCAGGUGACAGAUGGUGGGGGCCUUUCUGAAAGUUGUGUGGUAUUUGUCCAAGUGAUGGAUUUAAAUGAUAACCCUCCGGAACUGACUAUGUCAACACUUAUCAAUGAGAUCCCAGAAAACUUGCAGGAGACCAUAACCGCUGUAUUCAGUGUUUCAGAUCCUGAUUCAGGAGACAAUGGAAGGAUGGUUUGCUCCAUCCAGGAUGAUCUUCCUUUCAUUCUUAAACCUUCUGUUGAGAAUUUUUACACGCUAGUAACAAACAGAGCCCUAGACCGAGAGACAAGAUCCGAAUAUAACAUCACCAUCACGGCCACAGAUACGGGAACGCCGAGGCUGAAAACCCAGCACCACAUAACAGUGCUGGUGUCCGACGUCAACGACAACGCCCCCGCCUUCACCCAGGCCUCCUACACCCUGCGGGUCCGCGAGAACAACAGCCCCGCCCUGCACAUCGGCACCGUCAGCGCCACAGACACAGACGCCGGCGCCAACGCCCAGGUCACCUACUCGCUGCUGCCGCCCGCCGACCCGCACGUGCCCCUGGCCUCCCUCGUGUCCAUCAACGCCGACAACGGCCACCUGUUCGCCCUGCGGUCCCUGGACUACGAGGCCCUGCGCGCCUUCGAGUUCCGCGUGGGCGCCGCCGACCGCGGCUCGCCGCCGCUGAGCAGCCAGGCGCUGGUGCGCGUGCUCGUGGAGGACGACAACGACAACGCGCCCUUCGUGCUGUACCCGCUGCAGAACACCUCGGCGCCCUGCACCGAGCUGCUGCCCAGGGCGGCCGAGCCGGGCUACCUGGUGACCAAGGUGGUGGCGGUGGACGGCGACGCGGGCCAGAACGCCUGGCAGUCGUACCAGCUGCUCAAGGCCACGGAGCCCGGGCUGUUCGGCGUGUGGGCGCACAACGGCGAGGUGCGCACGGCCAGGCCGCUGAGCGAGCGCGACGCGGCCAGGCACAGGCUGCUGGUGCUGGUCAAGGACAAUGGCGAGCCGCCGCUGUCGGCCAGCGUCACGCUGCACGUGCUGCUGGUGGACGGCUUCUCGCAGCCCCACCUGCCGCCCCCGGAAGCGGAAGCGGAGGCGGCGGCCGCGGCGCCGGCCGACCCGCUCACCGUCUACCUGGUGGUGGCCUUGGCGUCCGUGUCGUCGCUCUUCCUCUUCUCGGUGCCGGUGUUCGUGGCGGUGCGGCUGUGCGGGCGGGGCGGGGCUGCGCGGGCGGGUCGCUGCUCGGUGCCCGAGGGCCCCUUCCCGGGCCACCUGGUGGACGUCAGCGGCACCGGGACCCUGUCCCACAGCUACCAGUACGAGGUGUGUCUGACCGGAGGCUUAGGGACUUUGAAGUUCCUCAAGCCAAUUAUCCCCAACUUCCUUGCCCAGGGUGGAGAGAGGGGUAGUGAAGCCAACCCCAGUUUCAGGAAUAGCUUUGAAUUCAGUCAAGUAUUCAUAAGGGUCUCUACUGUGCUUAGUCUCAGUUAAUUUGUGGAAAGUCCUUUUUACUGCCUUGCCCCCUGGAGUUUCUUUUUAUUGUAAGAAAUGGAACUAUCUUAUUCCAAUUCAGUGCAUGUUACUGGUGUUUCUAACUGUGUUGCUCUGUGGCAAAAUGAAUGCAAAUUUUCUUUAUAUUCUUACUGUUGAUUAGUAUCACAGUAACUUGAUUCAAGUGUGAAAGAAAGUAAAUUUUGUAUUUUCCAUAGUCUUUAAGUUAGAGCAUCUUUUCUCAAAAUUCAUCUUUCACAGUCCCUAGGUAAUUUUUGCAGUCCUUACAUUUUUAAAGGUUUGCUAUAACUACAUAGGGUUAUUCUUUUUCCUAUGCAGAAUAUUUGUUUGUAUAUUCUCUUAGGCUAGUUUUUUUACCCUGUGAACUCACAUUAGCUAAAAUCACUAAUACAGGUAUGUUCAUGAAUAACAAAACACCCUCUCACACUUAUCUAAAUAUGUAUUUCCUUAAAAUGUUCAUAUAUAAAAAUUAUGAUUCAUCUAUUAACUUUGAAUACUUCAUUAAAAUCCAAAAGAUUUGAGGGACUAUGUGUCUUUGACCAGAUUUUAGAAACUUCAAAUGUAGUUUGCCAUUCCAUUUUUCAAAAAUAUCUGGAGCACUUAUGACUCAGUUGGAAAAUAAGCCCAUGGGAAAAUAUUUAUCUUGGUGUGUUCAUUCUGUUUUUUGGGAGGGGGCACUGACCUCUUCCAAUUUUCCCCUUUCAGUGUCCUAGACUUUUCAGUGCUUUUUUUUUCUCUUUAGGUGCUUUUGUUUCUCAAUAGUUCUCCAUUAAUUGCAUGAUUAGCACAAUGACUGGAAAACCAUAGGUUCUUAAUAAAAUUUUUGAAUGAUUGAAAGAAAUUUUUUUUCCCUUGUGACAUGCUGAUAUUUAAAUACAUUAAAAUACUCCAAGGCAAAAUUUUGCUGGAAUUAAGUGCUCUCUGAUUUAAUUUUUGUUAUUAAUUGAACUUCACUGUUAUUCAGAUAUUACACAGUUAUUAGUGCCUGGUGUCUCCUUCUUUCAACAUAUUUUUCCUUUUUCUCUUCCUGCUUUAUGAGUUUCCUCUCCUGCCCACUAGCUUAAGGAAUA